AUGGACUUUUUGAAUAGCUCCACACCAAGAUAUGACUGUCUCCUGUUUGAUUUGGAUGAUACUCUUUAUCCUUUAAGCUCUGGCUUAUCACAAGCAUGCGCCAACAACAUCAUAGAAUUCAUGGUUGAGAAGCUUGGAAUAGAUGAAGACGGAGUCGUUGAACUAAACCAAAUACUCUACAAAAAGUAUGGAACUUCAAUGGCUGGUCUAAAGGCUGUAGGUUAUGAAUUCGACAAUGAUGAGUACCAUCGUUUUGUUCAUGGAAGAUUACCUUAUGAAAACCUUAAACCGGACCCGGUUCUCAGAAAUCUCCUCCUUACACUACCCUUGCGAAAAUUGGUUUUCUCGAACGGAGAUGAAGUUCAUGUGACCAAGGCUCUAAAGAGGCUCGGGAUCGAAGAUUGUUUUGAGAGAAUCAUAAGUUUCGAGACCUUAAACCCUAAGAUCAACGAGACUGAUGAGGUUUCUAUAGACUACCUUCCGGUUAUCUGUAAACCAGCAGAGAGUGCUUUCGAGAAAGCCUUCGAUAUUGCACAGCUCAAUCCUCACGAAACCUUGUUCUUCGACGACAGUGUACGUAACAUCCAAACCGGAAAAGCCAUGGGUCUCCAUACAGUCUUGGUUGGUAAAUCAGAAAAAGUGGAAGGGCAUUAA